AUGGCGCAGCUCUUCAAAUGCCUGCAGGCUAAUGUACAACAUUCCAAGGCUGGAUCCUACCUCCUUGGAAAACGCAUCCUGGAUGAGAGGAUAUAUAUCGCCCUCAUCCAGGAAUCUUGGGUUACUUCCCGAGGCAGAAUCAACGGCCUCAGUAACCUUCCUGGCAAGGUAAUAUCACUUGGAUAUGGGGAAUCACCCAGGUCCUGUAUCUUUGUCAGGAACACUAUUGACAUUUCUGUACUUACAGGAUUCUGUUCCAGAGAUGUAACAUCCAACCUGGUAAAACUUCCCUUGGAAAUGGGCACAAAAGAACUGGUUAUCUGUUCUGCCUACUUCCCUGGUGACACCAUGUUCCCCCCGCCAAAUGAAGUGCGAAAAUUAGUUGCCUUCUGCAGGGGGAAAAACCUUCAACUCCUCGUUGCUUGCGAUGCCAACUCCCAUCACACCACGUGGGACAGCACGGACAUCAACGAAAGAGGUGAGUACUUAUUCGACUUCAUUCUAGAAGAAGCGCUUUUUGUAUUGAAUCGGGCCUCUGUUCCAACCUUUGUUACGAAAAAUUGGGCUGAGGUAUUGGACACCACGCUCUGCUUGCAAUACCUGAGCACUAAAAUCACUGACUCGAGGGUUUCUGACACGCCCUCUGGCUCAGACCAUAAAAACAUUCAAUUUAACAUUGAAUUAGGCGGUAAACCCAUUCAGGAAUAUCGCAAUCCCAGAUUGACCGACUGGGAUGGUUAUAAACUAUCCCUCCAACGGAAUCUGAGAUCCAUCAACGUUAACGUUAACAAUCAUGAAGACCUAGAGAGGCUGGCCAACUCAAUUGGCCAAGCUAUAGUCUCGGCAUAUCAUGAAAACUGUCGCUGA